GAGGAACUGAAAGCAGUUGAGGGUGGUUUAAGGGAAUGGGAGGAGCAAUGUAAGAGACAACACUGGCAAGAAUAAAAGACAAAGCCCAGAGGGGAAUGAACAGGUAGAGUUGGUAAACAGCAAUUUUAAAUCUAAUUACUGAUUUAUGCCUAACAGAAACUAAGAAACAGAAACUAGACAGGGCGGUUGAAUGCAAGAGAGGAGAAAGGAGAAGUAAGAAAAGGAGGGGAGGACGGGAGUUUAAAAGUCAGCUGCAGGACAUGCACUGGGAAGAGAAACAAGGCUGAAGGCUUUAAAGAGGGGAAAAGUGAGAAAGCAGCAAACACUCAUUGACAGGGAGGACCGGACUUAACUUCAUGGACUACUGACAUCAGCAAAACAAAGGAGAAGAGCGUCUGAAAUUGCGUCACUGUGGUCACUGUGGUCUGGUGCUUGCCUGGGGGUGUCUGUUGUGCAACGAAGACAGCUGAAACAGAGAAACUCAAGCGCAGUCAGUUCAGCUCAAAGCGACCGUUCUCCCUCUACCAGCACCAUGUUGAUGAAAGAGUACCGCAUAUGCAUGCCACUGACUGUAGAUGAGUACAGGAUUGGGCAGCUGUACAUGAUCAGUAAGCACAGCUGUGAGCAGAGCGGCGGGGGAGAGGGCGUGGAGGUGGUGAAGAAUGAGUCCGACGUUCACCCUCAGCACGGCCCCGGACAGCUGACCGAGAAACGCAUCUACCUCAGCAGUAAACUGCCAGCCUGGAUGAAAGCAUUCGUCCCGCGAAUCUUCUAUGUGACAGAGAAGGCCUGGAACUUCUACCCGUACACUAUCACAGAGUACUCAGUAUCAUUCAUCCCCAAGUUCAGCAUCCGCAUUGAGACGAGAUUCGAGAACAACAACGGAGAUAACGACAACGUGUUUGGGGACACGCCAACCCCGGCGGAGAGUGUGAGUUUCCUGGAUAUCCUGAGCGACCCCAUCCCUGAAAAGCACUACAAGGAGUCAGAGGACUUGAGUCGCUGGCAGUCGAGUAAAACUGGCCGAGGGCCUCUGGAGAAGGGCUGGAGAGACGACCACAAGCCCAUUAUGUGCUCCUACAAGAGGGUGCAGUGCUGCUUCGAGGUCUACGGCUUCCAGACCAAGACUGAGGAGUUUAUACACAGAAACAUCCGUGACAUUCUCCUGGUUGGCCACAGGCAGGCGGUAGCAUGGAUAGAUGAAUGGCACGGGCUGAGCUUGGAGAAGGUGAGAGAGUACGAGCAGACAAUGCAAGAGAGGACCAACAGUAAAGUCAAAUCCAGCCAGAACAACACAGGUCCUCGUCCCUCGUUCUCUCGCUCCAUCUCUGUGACAGAUGAACGUUCCCUGAAGAGGAUGGGAAUGACUACAGUGGACAUGCCCGACCCAUCAGCCUCCUAUGCGCCGCACGGCCCCGUACGCCUCAACUCAACGCCCGAGUGAUGCCUCGCACAGGAACACACGUGCGCACGCACACACCUUGUACAAUGCAAACACAAAACCCCAAUACAGUGUCAACACUCACCAGAGCCACGUGAUGCUCUUUCUCAAACACGCACACACCCACAUGCAAACAGCAACAUGAUCCACAAAUGCAUAGUUUGACAUUUUGGGGGAAACACGUCUUUGCUUCCAGGGGUGCAAUUAGAUGAGGGGAUCGAUGCCGCUGUCAUUUCUGUCUGUUAAAUUUAAAGUUAGAGCCUGCAGCCGGUUAUGUUUAAAGACUGGACGCACGGAGAAACAGCCUGACUCAGAUUACCAACACAUGUAAAGGUAUGAAUUAACACGUUGUGUCUCGUUUCUUCAGUUGCUUGUAAAAACAACAACGUGCCAUUUCAAGGGUGUUACAUGAUGGCGAUACCUUGGCUUGGACACGUUUUAGAGGUGUUGGUGAGAAGAUUUUAUCGCCUUCAGACAGAGUCAAGGUAGCCGUCUCUCCCGGUUUUCUAUCUUUGUGUUAAACUAAACUAACUGACUUCUGGCUGCAGCUUCUGUUUACCGUACAGAAGCAAGAGUGGUAUUGAUCCAUUCAUCUUACUCUCUGCCAGAGAGCAAAUAAGUGUAUUUCCCAAAAUGGCUCAGAAAUAUUCAUAUAUUCUUACGCACAUAGUGUAGUUCUCCUCAAACACCUUGUGCCUACCCAGUAACGAAAAAAAAAACAAAAAAAAACUUCCAGUAUCUGAAAAAGCCUUGCCCCGCAUUUUGGUACAUUCUCUCACUUCCUCAGCCAUAGUCGAGCGCACGGCCACCAGCAGAGCUCUCCGAUUGUUUCCAAGCCCCCAACCAGCAGCCUACAGACAGAUGCAUCGGGAGUUUAAUAGAGUGGAUCUAAUGAGAGAGGGGAGAAGGGGGAGGCUGUCAAUGCAAUGGAUCAGCUCUCCCAUCUCCACCACAGCCAAUAGGUCAGACCAGGUGUAUUGACGGAGGGCAGCGAGGCAUUGUAUUGGUUCCUUGAUCGCCUAACUCAGAGCUGCAAAUGGGUCAAGUCAGGGUUAAACUUCAAUUAUAUAUCAAUGAUGUAACCAUCUAUAAGACCGUUUACUGUUAGUUUUUUACCUUUUAUAUGUAUACAUCUAUAGGAGAAUGGUUCUCUUUGUCAGGGAUCAAUGAUGAAAACUGAACUGAUGUACAUAGUGCGUUACAUCUUACAGUUUUGUCACAAUAUUUAGUUAGAAUAUAUAUUUCGUAAUGAAUCAAGGGGAAAUUCUAUGUAUACUCUGUAUAGCCUUUUGUAAUAAAUUAUUAUCAAUAAACACAAAUUCUUCCUAAUGAGAAGAUUUACUCA